ACCCCCUACGUGGUCAACCCUCCACUAUAAAUGCAUCUCCCUCCACACGACGCCUCUCCAGGCUACUACCAUUCAAAACGCCAAUUCACAAUCCUUCACCUUCGCAACUUCUAGAAGCUUCUGUGUCUAGACACCCUCCCUCGCCCAUGGGCAACGGCCUCUCCCCUUGUCUGUGCCCCGGGGCCGCGCACGGCGAGGCGGCCAGGCUGGUGUUCUGGGGCGGGUCGGCGAGGAUGGCCGACGAGCGGCGGUCCGUCACCGCCGGGGACGUCAUGGCGGAGCUCCCCGACCAGCACCUCGUCUGCGCCGGGGACUCCUUCUUCAUCGGCCUGCCGGUCCCGGCGCUGUCUCCGUGCGAGCGGCUCGUGGCCGGGCGCACCUACUUCGUGCUCCCCGCGGCACGCUUCUCCUGCAGCCAGGCGCUCACCGCCGCGACGCUCGCCAAGCUCUCGCCGUCGUCCUCCGCCGCGAAGGUGCCCCUCGCCGGCGGCGCGGCGUCCCCGUUCGAGUACGUCACGGGCUCCGACGGCGCGCCGCUCAUCAGGAUCCUGCCCGAGUUCAUCGAGAAGGUGAUCACGUCGUGCGGCGGCAAGUGUGGCACCGCGGCGGCGGAGCAGCUGUGCAGCACGCCGGAGCUGAGGAAGCACUACAUGCAGCUUGUGGGGGCGCGGGCGGAGAGGCCGUGGUCGCCGGGGCUUGAGACGAUAUCCGAGGCCGACAAGAAGAGGAGGAUGCCGUCGCCGGUGAGGCUGGUCGGGCUGGCAAAGGCUUCUUCAAGAUAGCCCGGCCCCCUGCAUAUGCAUGGAUAGAUUGCAGAUGGGGAUAGAGAGUUUAGCCUAAUUUUCGCUUCUUGAGAUGCAAGAGGGAGAAGAAGCAAUGUAGAUAGAUACAGAAACGAGAGGAGUAGGCACAUUAGAUUUAGCUUUAGUUCAUCAUUUUUCUCUCCUUUGAACGGAGGAUACUCCAAGUGGAUUGAAUCAUGAAAAUUAUUGAAUAAAAUUGCACAUGUCAUCCAUUGCAAGUUCGCAUUUGGGUUGUCCUACUAAGGGGAAAAAGAGUCUAAAAUUGUAAGGCAGUUUCCACUUCCCACAUGAUCCUCAGAAGUGCAGAUGUAUAUGAGCAUUGAGCAUGCUUUGGAGUAGAACAACAAACUUUAAUUAAGCUAGAAUUGUUGCAAGAG